UGCUGUGUUUCCCUGUCUUGUUUGUUUGGACCUGUAACCGUAAAGCGUCCCGUACCUCCCUGUCUCUUUUGCUUUGACCUGUGACCGUAAGCGUCACGUGUUGCCCUGUCCCUUUUAUGUUUUAACCACAAGAUGUUGAGCUUCGAAGAGGCGCGGACCGCCCUGGCGUCUUCUGAGUACCCUCUGUUCGUGCAGUUCUGCCGCCCGCCCCUGGUGUUCAGCACCGAGCCCGAGUACCCUGCGGUGAAGCUUCUGUCUAACCUCGUCUUGACCAACCGUGCCAUGGAGAAGGUCGAUGGGGAGUUCAGGUGUGGGACCUUAAUCUCCGAAGACGGGAGCUCUCGCUGGCUGCUCUCAACAACAGCCGUCCCUGCCUCCAUACCAGACCUGGGCACCAAGAUGGAAGUAAACCUGUUGGACUAUCACGUGGUCGGCUUGUACCUUCUGACGUCAGAGGAGCCCACCCAGCCGCGGGCCCGCUUGCGGGACGGCAUCAUCCACCACGCCGUACGUACAUUUUUGAUGUCUCAUAUUCCCGCACCGUUGUAUGUAUCUAACAACCUACAUAUCGGCGGGCUGUUUCGACGUGUUGGGACCCGCCAGGCAAUGUCCCUACUGAGAGACCACCCUAGCCAGGAUGUUCUCCUGUUCGUGCACGGCUUCAACACCACGUUCAACUACGGGAUCCGAGCCAGUGCCGUGAAGGGGCGCGCUCUGAGAAAGCCGCUGACGGUGUGCCUGGCGUGGCCGUCGAACCCCCCCGGGGAGGGUGCGGGGUGGCUCAUCAAGCGGGUGAUGUCGACCUAUGAGAGGAGGUACACGUAUUGCGAACACAACAUGCAUGCAUCCAUCUUCCUCUUCCUACAGGCGGCCUUGGAGGUGAAAGCGGCCGCAGAUGCCUCGGGCAAGUUGAUGUGCUGGAAGGGCCACUCGAUGGGGUGCUACUUGCUUCUUAACGUUGUGGACAGGCUGCGUUGGAAGGGCGAGGACAUGCAGGCUCUAUUCAGGGAGGUCAUCCUUGAUGCCCCCGACGUGCCCACCUGGUUCUUCAGAUCAAUGGUCAAGGUGCUUGCGGAGAACGGGGUGAACGUGGUGCACUACUUCAACCCGUUGGACAACGCCAUCCAGGCCUCUUGCCACAGAAGGGCGUUGCAGAGACCAGUGCCUGGACAGGAUGCUAUCGUGACCCACCCGAUCGUACAGGGUGUGCUUUGCGACAAGAGCUACAGGCAAGCACUUAAGCAUGCAUGCAUGCGCCAUCGUGGCCAGUUAGUGGUAACCCCCUCUCGUGUGUAG